ACCAAGAGGCCCAGCAUGACACCCUCCUAAAAAGGGGGGAUUGGUGGGGUGAGAAGCACUGAUGGGUCCGGGGCUUGAAGCAGCUGUGCCCCAGGAGAUGCGCUGAGUGAGCGGUAGAAGCUUCAGGAAGGUGUCUUGAGAACCCCUGGAAGUAAGUUGGGGCAGCGGGUGGGAGGGAGGAUGAAGGAAACCUGCCGGAUCUGCGGCCGGGAGCUGUGCGGCAACCAGCGGCGAUGGAUCUUCCACACGGCGGCCAAGCUGAACCUCCAGGUGCUGCUUUCCCAUGUCCUGGGCAGGGAGCUGUGCCGGGAUGGCAAAUCCGAGUUCGCUUGCAGCAAGUGUGCCUUCAUGCUGGACCGCAUCUACAGGUUCGACACCGUCAUCGCGCGCAUCGAGGCCCUCUCCAUCGAGCGCCUGCAGAAGCUGCUGCUGGAGAAAGACCGCCUCAAGUUCUGCAUCUCCAGCAUGUACCGCAGGAACAACGAAGACCCCGGUACCGAUGACAGAGCCGGGGAUGGACCGUGAUCUUUCCAACCUGCCGAUGUACGGUACGCGGCCCUUCUGCAGGAGGACUUCGCUUAUUCCGGGUACGAGUAUUGGGCUGAGCAAGAGGAGCACGGCCUGGAGCCACACAGCUGCCCACGCCACAGAGGGAGCGGGUAACCGCCCGCGGCGUGCCGGGGCUGUGCCGCCCUGCGCGUGGCUGAUGCGGACUACGAAGCCAUUUGCAAAGUGCCACGGAAAGUGGCCAGGAGCAUCUCCUGUGGGAUGUCCAGCGGUGGUCGACCAGCAUAGGGAACGAGGGGUCCUCCGGAUGCGACACAGCGGAGUCUGCCAGUGCCAGAGGGGCCCGUGGAUGGGGAAAGCAUGGAGGAAGGGACGCCGGCGUCCUCUGUUGAGUCCCUGGACACGACCGUGGAGGCGAGCCCUCUGCAGCAGAAGGAUGAAGAUUGCAGAUAAGGGGUUGAAAGGCAGUGGGAAUAUGAUGACUUCUCAGAUGACCGCAAUGACCCCGAGUCUUCGCAGAGUGGGAACAGGCUGGAGCUGGCCCUCAGCUUGAUCAAGGCUUUGGACUACAAACCCCUUCAGAGCCCCCGGGGCAGCAGGCUACCUAUUCCUGUGAAGUCCAGCUUGCCCCCUCCCAAGCUGAGACGUGACUUGGCAGAUGGCAGUGCUUCUGCCUCAGUGGGUGCUGGUUCUGCCUUCCUGAACACGGACAGAAAAUCUUUUUCCAGAGCUCUUUUGAGUCUUUCCCCGGAGAUUUCUGAACUGCAGGAGCUGUGGGAUGACAUCUGUGAGGAUUAUAUGCCACUGCGGGUACAGAAUUUGCAGGAUGAACAUCAUCAGCCAGCUCCAGGUGACCCUGCAGUGGGGGAGCACGUGUCCAACCUGUGUGCUGCAGAGCUGCAGGGAAAAAUCCAGCAGUCUGAAGCUGCCAACAAGUUGUUACAGGAAAAGCUGAACGAAUUGAAUUUUGAAUUAAAAUCUGCCCAAGAAACAUCACAGAGGCAGGAUCACACCAUCCAGAGUCUGAACGAGGCCCUGAAGAGCAAAGAGAAUAAGACAGAAGAGCUAUAUCGGAUCAUCGAGGGGCAGAACGAGACCAUGGCCAAGCUGCAGGACAUGUUACAGAGAAGCCAGCAGGGACAGUUGCAGAUGGCAGAGAGCACACUCUCACCCCAGGAGCAGCAGCAAAUGUCACCCCUGGAUCUUCAGAACACACUUUUCUGCACCAAGCUGGAGGUGCAGAAACUGAAAAGAGCUCAGCGCCAGAAAGAUCAUCAACUGGCUGAAGCCAGGAGAGCAACCCAGCACCUGGAGACCAUGGUGCGUGAGGAAGAGCAGCAGAAAAAGGCAACCUGGAAACACAACCAGGAGCUGCGUGCUGUGGUACAGCAGCUGCAGGCAGAGCUGCAGGACAAGGCUCAGCAGCUCCAAACUUUGGAGUGGGAGAAAUCCCGGGAGCUGCAGGCCCAGGAGCAGAGAGUUCAGCGUUUGAGUCAGCUGCUGGCUCGCAAGGAGCAGCUUCUUCAGGAAUCAAGGGAACUUCUGCAGUGCCAGCAAAGUCUGGACAAGAGCCCUGCAGCCAUGAAUGUCAUGUUGGAGAAACUGCAGCAGCGAGUCAGCGACAGGGAUGCUGCUCUGGAGAGAGCAGUAGAUGAGAAGUUCUUUGCCCUGGAGAAGAAGGAGCAAGAGCUGCAGCAGCUGCAUCUCUCAAUAAGGGAGCGUGGCUGUGACCUGGAGAGGUUGCGCAAUGUCCUGUCCAGCAACGAGGCCACCAUUCAUAGCUUGGAGAGCCUUCUGAAAGCCAAAACUCUGGAACUAGAGCAGGUCUCAGCAACCUGCCAAAACCUCCACUGGCUGAAGGAGGAGAUGGAGGCCAAAUCCCGCAGCAGGCAGAAAGAGCAGGAGGGGAUCAUCCAGCAGCUGCAGACCUGCCUGCAUGACAGAAACAAGGAAGUGGAGGAGCUUACAGCAACUCUGCUGUGCAAGUUGAGCCCAGGACAGAGAGAAGUAGCAGAGGAGCUGUGCUUGCGUCUCCAGCAGAAGGAGAAGAUGCUGCAGGAUCUGCUCAGUGACAGGAACCAUCAGACCAUGGAGCAUGAUGCUGAAAUCCGGGAGCUGCUGCAGGCCAUGAGCACCAAGGAGCAGCAGAGCCAAAUGGCUGCUGAGAAGAUGGCCCAUGCCUUGGCUGAAAGGAGCUCUGAGUUACAACUCUUACGCCAGCACGUGCUGGGGAAGGAGCCUGUGGGGACCCAGUCAGCUGGUGCCAGGCUGUUGAAGGAGGACAAACAGCCCAUCCAAGAAAUACUGCAAAGAGCUUCUGGAGCUACAGCCAUUUCCAGACCCCCACAGGUGGACAGCAGCUGCAGGACAGAGGGAAUUUCGACAUCAGCAGCAGAGCUGGAGAAGGAUCUUGUUAAUGCCAAAGAGGAGUUGGAGCUAAUGGCAAAGAAGGAAAGAGAAAGCAGGCGGGAGCUUGCUGCUCUCCAGGCUGUGGUGGCCACACAGGAGGAAGAGCUGCAGGUGCAGGCCUCAGACAUAGAGUCAUUGACCAGGACCAUCCAGAUCAAAGAGGAUCUCGUCAAGGAUCUGCAGAUGCAGCUGGUGGAUCCUGAAGAAAUUCCAGCCGUGGAAAGGCUGACUCAAGAAGUGCUGGUGCUCCGGGAGAAAGUGGCCAUAGCAGAGUCCCAAGGACAGGAGGCUACUGGGAACAGAAGGCAGCAGUUGUUGCUGAUGCUGGAAGGGCUGGUGGCUGAGAGGAACAGGUUAAAUGAGGCUCUGCAGGCAGAGAGGCAGCUCUAUGGCAGCCUGGUCAAGUUCCACACACACCCAGACAGUGCUGCGAGAGACCGUACCCUGCAGGUGGCGCUGGAAGGGGCCCAGGAGCUGCGGGGACAGCUGGAAGAAGCUCUUGGAAGAAGUUUGGAGCGUUUGAGCAGGCUGGAGACACAGGGCACCACAGGAGGUCAGGCCACAGGCUCAGAUGCUGAUGACACCAGCACCAACAGCAUCAAGGAGGAGGCAGCCCAUGGCGUGGCAACCCAGCAGAGCAGCCCCCAGGCCCCUAAGGAAAACCGGAGCACAGAAAGGACCCUGAUGGGGAGCCCAGCUCCUGCUGUGCCAGAGAGGGAGCUGCGGGCAGAAGCAGAGCUGCGGGACCUGAAGGCACAGCUGGAGGAAGCCGGCUUCUCCUCUGUCUCCCACAUCAGGAAGGCGAUGCUGAGCCUGUACCUGGAGAACGCCGAGCUGAAGGAGCGGAUGGGUGAAGCCACGUCGCUGCUGGAGAGUGGGGAGCAGGAGGAGGGUGGGCUGGGCAGCCCCCCAGCCCCCGAACCCUGCAGGCUCCAGCGGAAGAGCCAAGGUGCCCUUGAGGACCGCCCAGCCGGUGGCAGUGGGGGUGGCCAGGGAGUUCUGGCAGAGAGGGGACCUGUACCUGCUAAACGCCCAGCCCUGGAGGCACGGCCCCAGGAUGACACGCCUAAAAGACCUUGCCCUGGCACCCUGGGUGGAGGAGAUGGUAGCCAUGCGGAGGACACCGCGGGUGUUGGGGGCUGGCUGGGGCUGGGCACAGCAGAGCUGCACUCCCAAGUGGUGCAGGGGCAAAGGCACUGCCGAGAGCUGCAGGACAAGCUCGCUGCCUCCGAGGCCGUGGUGCGGGCACAAGCUGAGAAGCUGAAGAAGUACCACGUUCUGCUCCGUGAACCCCAAGCCCAGCAGCUCAGCAAGCAAGUUCAGGUGGACAUCCAGGACCUGGGCUAUGAGACCUGUGCACGGAGUGAGACCGAGGCUGACCGGGACGAGACAACCAGUCCUGAGUGUGAGGAGCCCGAUGUGUUCAGCGAGCCCAGCCUGGGUGAGGAGCCAGGAUCCCUGUACAAGCCAGGGGUGCCCAGGGUGGGCAAGGCUGCUCGGAAAACCAUGACACCAGAGGACGUGGGAGCCUUGCACCAACACAUCCAGGACCUCAAAGCACAGCUGCUCAACGCCAACAAAGUGAUACAGAACCUGCAGCGCCGUGCCCGAUCCAUCUCCCUCACCAGCGGCUACACCUCGGGUGCCGAGCGGGCCCCUCUGGGCCCCACGGCCCUGACCUCCCCCUCCCACAGCCUGACUGAUGAGGAUGAGGGCUGGCAGUCUGACGGCCGUGGCACCCUCUGCCCACCCACCCCACGGGCACACCGUGACCUGCAGCACCUCCUGCACCGCGUCGCCCUCCUGGAGGCGCAGCUGCCCGCCAGCAAGCGUGGAGGAGUUCUGCCCAAGGAGCUGCAAUCUGCCACUUGGCCUGGGAAGUACGACUCGCUGAUCCAGGCGCAGGCCCGGGAGCUGUCCCACCUGCGGCAGACGCUGCGGGAGGGCAGAGGAGUGAGCCGCAACCUGACCCAGCACCUGCGCGAUGCCCUGCAGUCCUUUGAGGACCUCCUCCGAGGCACUGACAUCGACUACUACCUGGGCCAGGGCUUCCGGGAGCAGCUGGCCCAGGGUAGGCAGCUGGCUGAGAGGCUCAGUGACAAACUGGGAACCAGAGAUCGACAGGAUGGGGAGGAUAAAACCAGCCACGAACUCCUGGCUCUGAGGCUUAGCCGGGAGCUCCAGGAGAAGGAAAAGGUGAUCAAGACCUUAGAGGCAAAGCUCCAGGAGCGCUGUGAUUCCCCAGGCAGCAGCUGCCCACCCUCAGAAUCAUCCUGCUCUGCUACCAGCACCUCCUUUGUGUCUGAGGGGCUGGAACCCUUCUCUGAUGGGGAUGUGGCCAGCGAGUGCAGCCAGUGCCACGAGGAGCCUGCCCAGCCCACAGGCCUUCACUUUGACUCCUUGCCCAAACCUGUUAGUGCCCCUCAGCCUGUGCUGCCCCCCUUCCUGCCUGCCGGCCCCCCCCCUCCUGUGGCUGCCCCGCUCCUGGGCUGCUGCAGGACCCCUGUGUGCUCCCUGGCCGAGGCACAGCAGGAACUGCAGGUGCUCCAGAGGCAGCUGGGAGAAAGUGUGACAUUGCCUGUGGCACCAGCAAAACCCACAGCCCCACUGGGCCCCUUUGGAGAGGGCAGCAAAGCCCCAGGAUCACUCUGCCCACACAGCACACUGCAGAGCCUGGCUAAGAUCCCUGGGGCCACCAAGCCCCAUGCCCUCUGGGAUGUACCUCCUCCUGGCCAGAUGCCUUAUGGGGCCCUGCCUUUGGGGUACCCCUCCAGCCAGAAGCUAACAGGGGCAGACCUGCUGGAGGAGCACUUGGUGGAGAUCCGCAGCCUGCGCCAGCGCUUGGAGGAAUCCAUCUGCACCAACGACCGACUGCGGGAGCAGCUGGAACGCCGGCUGAGCCCCCCCGGCAAGGGCUGCGGACUGCCCAGUGAUGUCUAUGGCCAGGGCUCAGAGCCAGGGCUGCAGGUGAGCAAUGAGAACCAGGCUCUGCGUGAGGACAACCGAACCCUGCGGCUCCAGCGUGACCACAUCUCCCAAGAGCUGGCACGGGUGCAGGAGGCACUUCUGUCUGCCUGCUCCCGGGUGCGGGAGGCUGAGGCAGAGCUGUGCCAGAGGCGCGGGGAGCAGCGGAGGCUGAGGGAGGAGCUUGCAGAACACCAAGAGAGCAUCCGGCAGCUCCGGGAGGAGAGGCAUUCUCUGCAGGAGGACAACAACAGGCUGCAGCACACUGUGACACUCAUGCAGCAGCAGUGUGAGGAGCACCACCUGCUCCUCCAGACCCUGCGUGCAGAGCUGAACGUCUACGAGAGCCUCCCUGGCCCCUCUGCUGAGACCCACGCAGGCUGCUUCCCAUCUCCUCCAGUGCGGGAUGUUGGCACAAGUUCAGCAGCUCCCCUCUUCUCCUCGCUGCCCUCUGACAAACUGGUGGCCCAGCAGAAGGAGGGUGGGACAGAACCAGCAGUGAGGAAGAGUGAGGGACCGACCGGGCCUCACAUCAUCGGCCGCCUGGACACAUACCGGGCUCUGGAGCAGCAUGUUCUGGAGGGGAAGGCUCUGGCCCAUGAGCUGAUGUGUCUCACACGCCCAGCACUGGGGCUGAGCAGCUGCCAGCUCCCGGGAAAGGAGGUAAAGUGUGGGCAGGACCGAGCUGGUGGCAGCCAAGGGUCAGACCCUGCUCCAUGGACCGUCCCUAAAGUGUCUCCUGAGCCCAGGAUGAGCCUCAGGGCUCACAGGGCUGGUGAGCAGCAGGUAGAGUCUGCUGCCAGAGCUGCCUUGCAGCAUGGGGCUGGGCAGGGUGAGUCCCUGGGUGCAGCAGGGUGCAGGUGCCCUGGCAGCACCCGCUCCUGCACCCUUCUCCCACAGACCUUGGGAUGGGCGGGCGCCGGGCACCUCUGGGGCAGUGCCAGCGCCCUGCACCGCAUCCUGGAGCAGUGUGCAUCGCUCCUCACUGCCUUCUGGGGCACCGUGCUGCCUGCCAGCCCUGCCAAGCACCAGGGCAAGGAGCAGGCGCUGCGGGGGGAGAUCGCAGCGCUGCGAGCUCAGCUCUCGGAGAGGGAGAAUGCUCUGCAGAGCACAGCCAGGCUCAAGGACAGCAUGGAGCAGUUCAUCGUGAGCCAGUUGACCAGGACACACAACGUGCUGUGCAAGGCCAGGACAAACCUGGAGGUGAAGGCCCACCAGCAGGUCUUGCCAGUUGCCUGAGCCCCAGGCAGGGUUGGGUGCCAUGCCCCAGGCCAUGGAACAGCCCGCUGGCUGCUGAGCCCUGCCACACCAGGAGGCUGGAGCAGACCCCCCUGCUACUGCCAAGGGCUGGAGUGGACAGGGGUCUGGGAUGGCCAGCUCUGCAGUUAGUGGGUUUGGGAUUCUGUGGUGGUUGAGUCCCCUCUGCCCAACGUUGCUUGGCAUCAGAGCAGCAGCAGCUGCUGGCUUGGCCUUGCCUGCCCCGUGCUUCAGUUCUUGUCCCUCUUCCAUCCACAGUGCUGAGUGGGGCAUCACAGCCCUCUGCACUGAGCAUCACUCACCCCAGGACUUGGUAACUCUGUAAUCCCACUGUGUGCCUGUCCCUGCUUAUGGAUAUAUGUAUAUGUAUAUAGACAGAAGUAUCAGAGCUGCUCUUUGGGGGCUCUCCAGGUAUGGGGGGGCCCCAGCGUGGGAGGAAGAUGUAAGAAAUGCCAUGUUUCUGUUCAGUGGCUGGAGAGUCCCCAAUAAAGGUUUCAUUUGGGUUGUGG